ACACAAAAGCUAUUUCAUUUAUUUAUUUAUUUAUUUGACAGCAUAAAGAAGAAAAACUGCUUCUCGGCUGCUGAAGAUUUGAAGGGGUAAUUUUUUUGGGGGGAGAGUCAUGGCGGUGGUGGGAGCGAAGGGGAAAAGAAUUGGGCUCCCGGGUUUGUGUUGGAAAACCUGCUACUUUCACGUCGUGUUUUGGGUCGUGUCUGUGUGUGGAGAAGAGAAGAGCUUUGUGGUGGAGACCUGGUUGAAGAACUAUGGCUACUUACUCCCACAUGACAUCCGGACGUCAGACUUGCGUUCAGAGAAAGCCAUGCAAUCAGCAGUUGCUGCUAUGCAGCGGUUCUAUGGAAUCCCUGUGACUGGAGAACUUGACCAAACUACUAUAGAAUGGAUGAAAAAACCUCGGUGUGGGGUUCCUGAUCACCCUCAACGGAGAAGAAAUAAGCGGUAUGCUCUCACUGGUCAAAAAUGGAGGGACAAAAAAAUUACAUACAGCAUACACAACUUUACCCCUAAGGUGGGUGAAAAGGACACACAGAGGGCAAUCCGGCAGGCGUUUGAUGUGUGGCAGACGGUUACCCCACUGACCUUUCAGGAAGUGGCCUACUCUGAGAUAAAGAAAGAGGGCAAGGAGGCCGACAUCAUGAUCUUCUUUGCCUCAGGGUUUCAUGGUGAUAGUUCUCCAUUUGAUGGAGAGGGAGGGUUUUUAGCCCAUGCCUAUUUCCCUGGCCCUGGAAUCGGAGGGGACACACACUUUGACUCUGAUGAGCCUUGGACGUUAGGCAAUACUAACCAUGAUGGUAAUGACCUUUUUCUGGUGGCAGUACAUGAGUUGGGCCAUGCAUUGGGUCUGGAACAUUCUAAUGACCCGAGUGCUAUCAUGGCCCCCUUCUACCAAUACAUGGACACACAAAACUUCAAACUGCCACUAGAUGACCUUCAAGGCAUCCAGAAAAUAUAUGGUGUCCCAACUGCCAUGUUGGAGCCAACUCGGUCUCUUCCAACCCUUCCACCACGGCAGACUUACUCUCCUUCUGAAAGGAAAAAUGACCGUCAGUCCCGUCCUCCUCGACCUCCGUCUGGAGACCGUCCAUUUUCUCCUGGCUAUGGAAAACCCAACAUCUGCGAUGGCAAUUUUAACACAGUGGCCUUUUUCAGGCGGGAAAUGUUUGUUUUCAAGGAUCGCUGGUUCUGGCGUUUGCGCAAUAACAAGGUUCAAGAGGGUUACCCUAUGCUGAUUGAGCAGUUCUGGAAAGGUCUCCCACCCCGCAUUGAUGCUGCUUAUGAGAGAUCAGAUGGGAAAUUUGUGUUUUUUAAAGGAGAUAAGUACUGGGUAUUUAAGGAAGUGACAGCAGAGCCAGGUUAUCCACACAGCUUAGUGGAGUUGGGCAAUUGUUUGCCCCGUGAGGGCAUUGACACAGCACUGCGCUGGGAGCCUGUGGGCAAAACCUACUUUUUCAAAGGUGACCAGUACUGGCGCUACAAUGAGGAAAAUCAUGCAGCUGACCCAGGCUAUCCCAAACCCAUCACUGUGUGGAAGGGUAUCCCUGAAGCACCUCAAGGAGCCUUUGUCAGCCGUGAAGGAUUUCACACUUACUUCUACAAAGGAAAAGACUACUGGAAGUUUGACAACCAGAAGUUAACAGUGGAACCUGGCUACCCUAAGUCUAUCCUUAAGGACUGGAUGGGUUGUGAUCGAAUAGAAGUGGAGAAGAACCAGGACAAACAACUUCCCCAUGACGAUGUUGACAUAAUGGUUGCCAUAAAUGAUGUGCCAAGCACUGUAAAUGCAAUUGCUGUGGUAAUCCCUUGCAUUCUUUCUCUGUGCAUCUUGGUCCUCGUGUACACCAUCUUCCAGUUUAAGAACAAAACUGUCCCUCAACCUGUGACCUACUACAAACAGCCAGUUCAGGAAUGGGUAUGA